GAAUCGCGGAAGAGGAGAAAGGUUUCCUGACGGAUCAGGCUAAAGAGCUAACAGAUAACUAUCAGUCAUAUCAACAGUUUAAACGGGUUUACAGGUUAGAUAGACACCCGGACCGAAGUAUCAAGAUGACAGCCGCACCUUACAACUACUCCUACAUCUUCAAGUAUAUCAUCAUCGGUGAUAUGGGAGUAGGGAAGUCUUGUCUGCUGCAUCAGUUCACAGAGAAAAAAUUCAUGGCGGACUGUCCUCACACCAUCGGGGUGGAGUUUGGGACGAGGAUCAUGGAGGUCCACGGUCAGAAGGUGAAGCUGCAGAUCUGGGACACAGCCGGUCAAGAGCGCUUCAGGGCCGUCACCAGGUCCUAUUACAGAGGGGCCGCCGGGGCCCUCAUGGUGUAUGACAUCACCAGGAGAAGUACUUAUAAUCACUUGAGCAGCUGGUUGACAGAUGCCAGGAACCUGACCAACCCAAACACAGUGAUCAUUCUGAUUGGUAACAAGGCCGACCUGGAGGCUCAGAGAGAUGUGACGUAUGAGGAAGCCAAACAGUUUGCUGAAGAGAAUGGUUUGCUGUUUCUAGAGGCCAGCGCUAAGACGGGUGAGAAUGUGGAAGAGGCCUUCCUGGAAGCAGCAAAGAGGAUUUACCAAAACAUUCAAGAUGGAAGUCUGGACCUGAACGCUGCUGAGUCAGGAGUCCAGCACAAACCGUCUGCGCCGCAGGGAGGCCGCCUCAACGCCGACAGCCAGCCGGCCAAAGAAGGCUGCAGCUGCUAACCCCAGACAGAACCUACAGACCCAUCAAAUGGACGGAUGGACGGACAGAGACAGACAGAUACAUACACGGAGAUCUCCUCUUCACCAGGCACCGACAUGCGUCUUCUAUCCAGAGUACGUCAGACAGGAUUGAGCUGGAUUAUAUUUAACAUUUAACAGCAGUUGCCCAACAACCUACUGUCGAACCCAGACCCCAAUUCAGUCUCCAAAACAAGAUUCAACCUUCCUCCACCCAAACAAACAUUUAGCAGCUUUGGUUAAAUCAGGACCGCUGUGUGCCACUUCUGGAUCCGUCUCAAAUUUGGAUCAGUAUUGGACAACUUCCAAAUCAGGACCAUCCUAGACCUAAACUGGAUCACUGUCUGGACAAAAGGAAUCCCACAGCAUGAAUCCCCAACAGACUGCCUUCAGCCCUCAUUCAGGCAUGCUUGGGCCAAACUGAGGCCAUUCUGGACUAUUUUAUGAGUGUUCCUGACAGGACCAGAAACCCCUUUUCCAAGAUUGGAGUACUGUCCCAACCCCAUCUCUUCCAAGUCUGGAACCCUGUUGGUCCAACUCGAGCAGGGGUAUCUAAAUAUAGGAGUACCCUCAUCCAGAGCGCAAAACAUCAAGAGACAAAUAAAGAUACAAGGCUGAAAUUUAGACUAAAUUAGAGCCCAAAAUUGAGUUGCACCACAAUGGUUUGCCUUUGUUCCAAACGUUGCCAUGGCCAUCCACAGCAUAGGCCGAAGAUGGACUGGUCCAAACCCAUAUCCAGACUUGUUUGGCCCAAACCUUGGACAGUCUGGACUUUUCUAACCCCAGAACAGGAUAACCCUAAACCCAUAACCCACCCAACCCUUUUUCCCCAACACUAAGCCCCGGACCUUCUUUCUUCCAAGCCUGGAGUGAUUUUGGCCUGAUUCAAGUGAGAGCAGUUCAGAUUUGGGACUACCCUGGUCUAAAAUGUGAAAUACUGAUAACCCAAAAAAACAAAUGAAGAUACAAGGCUCAAAUCUGAACCACCCCUGAGCCCAAAAUUGGACAGCACCUAAUUUAAAUGGGGUCACCUUACUUCUAAAUCUGGACAUUGUAAUGGUCAGAUCCAGAGCCUGGCCUUAAGAUGAACCACUGGUCCAAGUUACCACUGGCCUUCAGCAUCCAGACAUGCUUGACCCAAAGGUAGACCAAGGAGGACUCAUCUAAACACAGAAAAGGGGCAGCUCCAAGCUCAUCACCAGACAACCCUUUUUUUGGACUUACCCUCAGGACCUUGUCUCUUCUAAGUCUUGAGCCCCGUUGGCCAGAGGCAGUCAUGUUGGUCCAGACUUGGCCGUCCCUCAAAUUUGGACUACCCUUGUCCAAAGAGAAAAAUAUAGAAACACAGCUCACAUUUGGAAAUUCCUGCCCUUGGCUGAAGCUGGACUGCUCUCUGUCCAAAUCAAGACCCACCUCCAGUCCAAAUCUUCAAAACUAGGCCUUAGGGUCACAUUUAGUUAUAAUCUGAUCUGCUAUAAAUCCAGAUCAUCACCCAGUUCUGACAUUCACUCUUUGAUAUGAACUUUUGGAUUUAAAGUUGUGCUUAUGUCUUAUACGUGUGUUAUCUCCAUCAUUUGUAGUUCAGUUAGUAAAGUCUUUAAAAUUCAUGCGUCAAAAUCAUAAAAUCUAACUGUGACCUGGACGUCUGACCUCAUCUCUGGGAUUCCGGCUUCACAGAAAAUGAUUCUUCCUCUGAUAAAAAUGUGCCAGGAAGCUCCUCAUCUCGCUUGUUCCUCAUCCAUGAAUUCACAAACAGCGCUCUGAUUAAACCACAGACUGUGAAUAAAGAUGGCUGACACGCCUCCGCUUCCUCCCGCUGUACAAAAAUGAAGCCAAAAAAAAAAAAUCUGCAAACGGGCGCCACCAUCUU